UUCUUGUCGCGCUCCACCCCCUCUGAGCUCGCGCGCUUUUCCUCCACGUGCUUCUCUGUAUAUACCGGUCGCCUGGGAGACCCCGGCCGGGCGGGGCUCUCCUGACGCCACAAUAGGAACAAGCCAAUAGCCGUGACGCGUCUCAGUGACGCGAGACGCGCGGCGUGGCUUUGCCGGCCGGGGCGCAAUGAGGCGGCUGCCCGCUGGGUGGCGCCGAUUUCCCGGGGAGGUCCUUACCGGGCCCCCGGCGGAGGUGGGGGAGAGGCGGGCAGGAGCCGAGGCCAGGGAGCCCUCUGCGUCAGCUGCUGCUCACCGCGCCGCGCCAGUACCAGCCGGGACUCACCCGCAGCUCCAUGCUUGUGCCCGGCUCCGCUCGUCCAUCCUCGGAGAAGAGGCAGCCCAUGAGGCUCCCAGUCCCCACUGAGUGCCGCCCUGAAGGAUGUCCCAGCUCUCCUCCACCCUGAAGCGCUACACAGAAUCGGCCCACUAUACAGAGGCCCCUUAUGCCAAAUCGGGCUAUGGCACCUACACUCCCUCUUCCUACGGGGCCAACCUGGCUGCCUCCUUCCUGGAGAAGGAGAAGCUUGGUUUUAAGCCAGGCCCCCCAACCAGCUUCCUCACCCGUCCCCGUACCUAUGGUCCCUCCUCCAUCCUGGACUAUGACAGGGGCCGCCCCCUGUUGAGAACUGACAUCAUCGGGGGCGGUAAGCGGGCCGAGAGUCAGACUCGGGGCACUGAGCGGCUUUCAGGGAGUGGACUCAGCGGGGGCAGCGGAUUCCCUUAUGGAGUGACCAACAACUCCCUCAGCUACCUGCCUGUGACUGCCCGCGAGCAGGGCGGAACCCUAACCCAAAAGAAGUCGAACAGUCAAUCAGACCUGGCCCGGGAUUUCUCCAGCCUCCGGACCUCAGAUAGCUACCGGAUCGACCCUGGGAACCUGGGCCGCAGCCCCCUGCUGGCCCGCACGCGCAAGGAGCUGUGUGCCCUGCAGGGGCUCUACCAGGCAGCCAGCCACUCGGAGUACCUGGCCGACUACCUGGAGAACUAUGGCCGAAAGGGCAGUGCGCCUCAGGUGCCCAUGCAGGCCCCUCCCUCACGAGUCCCCGAAGUCCUCAGCCCCACCUACCGACCCAGUGGCCGUUACAGUCUGUGGGAGAAGAGCAAGGGCCAGGCCCCUGGGUCCAGCCACUCCAGCUCCCCAGGGCGAGAGACCAUGAAUUCUAAGAGCGCCCAGGGUCUGGCUGGUCUUCGAAACCUUGGGAACACGUGCUUCAUGAACUCCAUUCUGCAGUGCCUGAGCAACACCCGGGAGCUGAGGGAUUAUUGCCUCCAGAGGCUCUACAUGCGGGAUCUCGGCCACAGCAGCAAUGCACACACAGCCCUCGUGGAAGAGUUUGCAAAACUAAUCCAGACCAUAUGGACUUCAUCCCCCAAUGAUGUGGUGAGCCCAUCUGAGUUCAAGACCCAGAUCCAGAGAUAUGCGCCACGCUUCGUUGGCUAUAAUCAGCAAGAUGCUCAGGAGUUUCUUCGCUUUCUUCUGGAUGGGCUCCACAACGAGGUGAACCGAGUGACAGUGAGGCCCAAGUCCAACCCUGAGAACCUCGAUCAUCUUCCUGAUGAUGAGAAAGGACGACAGAUGUGGAGGAAAUAUCUAGAACGGGAAGACAGUCGGAUUGGGGACCUCUUCGUUGGACAGCUAAAGAGCUCCCUGACGUGUACAGACUGUGGUUACUGCUCUACAGUCUUUGACCCCUUCUGGGACCUCUCACUGCCCAUCGCUAAGCGAGGUUACCCUGAGGUAACUUUAACGGACUGCAUGAGGCUCUUCACCAAAGAGGAUGUGCUUGACGGCGAUGAAAAGCCAACAUGCUGCCGCUGCCGAGCCAGAAAACGGUGUAUAAAGAAGUUCUCCAUCCAGAGGUUCCCAAAGAUCUUGGUGCUCCAUCUGAAGCGGUUCUCAGAAUCCAGGAUACGAACCAGCAAGCUCACAACAUUUGUGAAUUUCCCACUAAGAGACCUGGACUUGAGAGAAUUUGCCUCAGAAAACACCAACCACGCUGUUUACAACCUGUACGCUGUGUCCAAUCACUCUGGAACCACCAUGGGCGGCCAUUAUACGGCCUACUGCCGGAGUCCAGUGACAGGCGAAUGGCACACUUUCAAUGACUCCAGCGUCACACCCAUGUCCUCCAGCCAAGUGCGCACCAGCGACGCCUAUCUGCUCUUCUACGAAUUGGCCAGUCCACCUUCCCGCAUGUAGCAGCGAGGAGCUACAUCCCUUUCUCCCUUCCCUGUGGUGGCCCCACACCCUAAGUUUUUUUUUUUUUUUUAAGAAAAAAAAAAAAAAAGAAAACCUGACAAAUAAGAGAAAAAUAAAGUAAACUAAAGCUGCCGAGCAGGAGUUGCUACAGCCUGGUCAGGGUCUGGAGCUGGGAGCCGGGAGCUCCUGAGCCACACCUGGCACGAAGAUCGACAAGACACAGAGCUUGGAGCCAGCCCAGUGCGCCCUCGGCUUCUCUUGUUUGCAUUUUUAAGCUUGUGGUUUUUUUCCUGUGUGUAAUAAACAACGGCGGUCUGUGGGGAGAAGAUCCUGGUCCACUUGCUGCCCUUCCAGCCCCCAGUUCCUCCCGGGAAGACAGCGCCCUCUGGAGCCUGCUGGGAGGAUCGCCGCCUGGAAGCACUGGCGCCCGAACCUGGCACCUGUCUUCACCUGGACCCCGCUCACCCGUCCAGAAGCAAGAAAAACACCCAUGAGCCAAGAGCCCUCUUAACGCUGCUAACUCCAGGGGGACAGACAAGAGGAUGACUUUGAAAAAAGCUGAUUUUGGUUUUUAGAAACCCAACUUUUUUUUUUUUUAAUUACCAUAACUAAAGUUUUCAGACUGGAGAUGCUCUCCUUCACACCUCUUCACAGCUGGGACAUUGUGCUGGUCGUUUUGUUUUGGUUUUUUUCCUUCAAGUACAGCUCUUCUAAUGCUAGCCCCCAGUGGUGCUAGGUGGGUGUUGGCCAGGCCCCAAGCACAGCCACAGUAGACCCGGGAUCUAACAAGUUUUGGGGUUUUUUUGUUUUUUGUUUUUUAAUGUUUUGGAUGGAAUCUAGUUGCCUCCAAGAAUUGUGCCUUAUAGCAUUUGGGGACCAGGGGGUAACUGCCCCUCCCUGAAAUAUCCCUCAGCCUGUUCCCUUUUCCCCAGUGCCAUGUUCAACCCCGCUGGGGGAGAUGGGGGUCAUGCCCUUAGCCCCUGGCUCGGUUUGCACUGCAGUGAGGUGGAGCGGAGAGUAGGUAGGAGGAGAUUUCUUCUGGUAGUGUAUCAAGUUUUUCCUGCCCACUCCCUCUAAGCCACCCCUGGUCUGCUCCCCCAGCUGUUUGAAGGAUAGCACAAGCCCCUUAUCCCUAGAGUUUCUCUCACCUUUAAUUUAUUCCCUUUUAACGUGCGUUUUCCUGACCUUCGUGCCCCCACCCCUUCUCAGAGCCUCCUAGACAUAGGCCCUUUGGACCGAGUUUCUCAGGGACGCCCAUGCCUCCCCUCAGCCCUUCUUGGCAUCGGUCUUCAGUCCUGCCCCGGGAGCGGGGGCCUGGGUGUUGGGGGACAUCCUGCCUCAGCUGUACCAUUCUUUCCCACGGGCGUGAUUUUGCCCUGAGUAGUUGGACAAAACUCGGUGCUUCACAGAGAGUAAAGCUGUUCAGCACCAAGGCACAGAGCCCUGUGCAUCCACACCGCUGGGCCCAGCUUGUGCCCCUUGGAGCCUGAAGCUUUCCAGUGCUCCCAGAAGGAGGCAUCCGAGAAAGACGCCCCAAGUUUAACUGGCCUGACCCCCUUCCCCAGGGAAGCCCUGUGAACCUGAGCCAAAGGGCUGAUGUGCACUUGUUUACUGUGUAAGCAAGAGUAGAAGAAUGUCUGAUGUCCAGUGGAAACUUGUAUAGAAUAAAUAAUAGCUUUGAGAAGUU